AUGAGCGGGGCUCCUGAUGCAUCUCGCUUUGAAGUAGUGAUUAUCCUCUACAUUCCCUUUCCUCGCAUCCCUCUGUCACAACAGGCGUCGAAUUCCUUGUCUCAACAGUUCAGCAAAAGCAAAACUGUUGUUUUUCUGCAGCCCACCACCUUCAGCCUCAGGACUCCACCUCUGCCGCUACACUCCAGAUCAGCGUCUGUCUAUUUUUGGCAUCCAAAACCGAGGGCCACCAACUACAGCUACCUCCCAGAACUGCUUGUCAUCUACUCCCUCUCCCCCUCCAGCCUUCUUUUACUGCCGCCUACACCCCAUACCCUGCUGCUCCAGCCGCCAACCUUCCAUCCCGUCAUUAGCCUCCUCCAGCCGCAUAUUCUCUCCUCUUCUCAGCCGCAGGUGCCGUAACCUGUUUCCAACAGGCCCCCUUCUAGUCGACCAUCAAUCCCAUUUCCCCU